ACAAUCAGGGUGGGCCGCGGCGGCUGCGCUCGCUCCGGCUCGGUGGUGCUGCUGCUGUGCGUUUACGGUGUCGCCUUUGCAGCCGCUGCCUGGGUCCCCUCGGCCGCUGCCUUGCGUUGGGGCUACCUCCCGGGAUCCGGACACUGACACCAUGUACGGAUUUGUGAAUCACGCCCUGGAGCUGCUGGUGAUCCGCAAUUACGGCCCCGAGGUGUGGGAAGACAUCAAGAAAGAGGCACAAUUAGAUGAAGAAGGACAAUUUCUUGUCAGAAUAAUAUAUGAUGAUUCCAAAACUUAUGAUUUGGUUGCUGCUGCAAGCAAAGUUCUCAAUCUCAAUGCUGGAGAGAUCCUUCAAAUGUUUGGAAAGAUGUUUUUCGUCUUUUGUCAAGAAUCUGGUUAUGAUACAAUCUUGCGCGUCCUGGGAUCUAAUGUCAGAGAAUUUCUACAGAACCUUGAUGCUCUGCAUGACCACCUUGCUACUAUCUACCCAGGUAUGCGCGCACCUUCCUUCAGGUGCACUGAUGCAGAUAAGGGGAAAGGACUCAUUCUCCACUACUACUCAGAGAGAGAAGGACUUCAGGAUAUUGUCAUUGGAAUCAUCAAAACGGUAGCUCAACAAAUACAUGGCACUGAAAUAGACAUGAAGGUUAUUCAACAAAGAAAUGAAGAAUGUGAUCAUACUCAAUUUUUAAUUGAAGAAAAAGAGUCAAAAGAAGAGGAUUUUUAUGAAGAUCUUGACCGAUUUGAAGAAAAUGGUACCCAGGAAUCACGAAUCAGCCCGUAUACAUUUUGCAAAGCUUUUCCUUUUCACAUAAUAUUUGACCGGUACCUAGUGGUCACCCAGUGUGGCAAUGCCAUAUACAGAGUUCUCCCCCAGCUGCAGCCUGGGAAUUGCAACCUUUUGUCUGUCUUCUCUCUGGUUCGUCCUCAUAUUGACAUUAGUUUUCAUGGGAUCCUUUCACAUAUCAAUACGGUUUUUGUAUUGAGAAGCAAGGAAGGAUUGUUGGAUGUAGAGAAAUUAGAAUAUGAGGAUGAACUAACUGGGACUGAGAUCAGCUGCUUACGUCUCAAGGGUCAAAUGAUCUACUUACCUGAAGCAGAGAGCAUACUUUUUCUGUGUUCACCAAGCGUGAUGAACCUGGAUGAUCUGACAAGGAGAGGUCUAUACCUGAGUGACAUCCCUCUGCACGAUGCUACUCGUGAUCUCGUUCUUUUGGGAGAACAAUUCAGAGAGGAGUACAAACUGACCCAAGAACUGGAAAUCCUCACAGACAGGCUGCAGCUCACGUUAAGAGCCCUGGAAGAUGAAAAGAAAAAGACAGACACGUUGCUGUAUUCUGUCCUUCCUCCUUCUGUUGCCAAUGAGCUGAGACAUAAGCGUCCGGUGCCUGCCAAAAGAUAUGACAAUGUGACCAUCCUCUUCAGUGGCAUUGUAGGCUUCAACACUUUCUGUAGCAAGCAUGCAUCAGGAGAAGGGGCCAUGAAGAUUGUAAACCUUCUCAAUGACCUCUACACCAGAUUUGACACGCUGACUGAUUCACGGAAAAAUCCGUUUGUCUAUAAGGUGGAGACUGUUGGUGAUAAGUACAUGACAGUGAGUGGUUUACCAGAGCCGUGCAUCCACCAUGCACGAUCCAUUUGCCACCUGGCCUUGGACAUGAUGGAAAUUGCUGGCCAAGUUCAAGUAGAUGGUGAACCUGUUCAGAUAACGAUAGGGAUACACACUGGAGAGGUGGUUACAGGAGUGAUUGGACAGAGGAUGCCUCGAUACUGUCUUUUUGGAAAUACUGUUAAUCUCACAAGCAGAACAGAGACCACUGGAGAAAAGGGGAAAAUAAAUGUGUCUGAAUAUACAUACAGAUGUCUUAUGGCACCAGAAAAUUCAGAUCCACAAUUCCGUUUGGAGCACAGAGGCCCAGUGUCCAUGAAGGGCAAAAAAGAGCCAAUGCAAGUUUGGUUUCUAUCCAGAAAAAAUACAGGAACAGAGGAAACAAAGCAGGACGAUAACUGAACCUUGGAUUGUGAGAUGAAGAGGAUGCAGGUUAGGUUCCAGUUAUCCCUAACACAUGCCAAACCUGGUAGCAGUUUUUCCGUCUGGGUACAUAUUUUGCUUUGCCUUUUUCAAUUAUCCCGUCUUUCUCCUAGGUGUAUCUCUCACUAGUCAUUAUCAACUUUAGCUCUGCUUUUGAUUAUUUUGUUUAAGAUACAUUGUCCGAACUCUUGCUUAUGUGAGCUUCAUGCAUUUUAAAAUCUACUACAAGCAUUUCCUUUAACAUGGUGACUUGCAAGUAGUAAGCACCCAAUCAUUAUUUGUUGAUUUUAAUUAACUGAAACUGAACAGUGUUUAGCCAUGCAUAUGUAUAUCAUGGUUUACGAAAUCUUUUUAGUGCUUCAUGUACAUGUAUAUAUAUAUUUUAAUGACUAUAACAUAUAACAAAGUUUAUAAUAGUGCUGGUGUAUAUUAUCAUUAUAGAAAUCAUUUUCUAAAGGAGUGAAUUCUAAGUUAAGAGGGGGAAAAAAGCAAUUUAUUUUCAGACUCCCAAAGUAAGAAUUAAUAUACCAUGCUAAGAAAAUAGUGAGUACUUUUGAAAUAAAGUAAUUUCCUUUCAGGAAUAAGGAGUACACAUUUAUUUCAAAAAGAUAUUUCGUUGUUCAUUCAAAUCAUGUAACAAUUGCAGUUUCUCUAAAAUGCUAUCAUUUAUAUUGUAUCCCUCUUAUGAAUCGUGUUAACCACAUGCAGCUGUUAUAGAAAGCUGUGCUGUUUCACACUGGCUUGGGCUAAAUGUUAGGGCUCUAACCACAUCCAAGAACAAAGCUGGAAACACUGCUGGGAUACUCCCGCUAGAGCCUCUCCUUUAUAGAAGGAGCUUCUUUUUCUUAGUUUAGAGGAAUGUGAUUAUAUCCAGGGCAUCAUGUUCAGAAAAGUUAGUUUAAUUACAACACAGAACUGCAUUCCUAUUGGAAUAAUCAGCCUGUUGUUCUUAAAUGUCUCUGAUAAUUUAUGAAUAUCUAUCUUUAUAAACAUAAUGCAACAACUUUUGUGUAAAAAUGUGUUCCUUUAAAUUUAGUCUUUCAUAUCAGCACAUCAGUAUAUGUAUAAAUGUUCCAUGUUACUAUGUAAAAGAAUCUGCAAUAAAUUAUUUUUUUCACUUGU